AUGAUCGCGCAUGUCCUCUCUCUCUCUCUCCUUGCCCCGCCGCUGCGUGUCCUCUCGCGCCUUGCCUUGUCUCUUCUCUGUCUCUUCUUCGCCCUCUGGCGCUUCCCCGCGGGCCCCGUGAGGAGGGACAGGCGAGCCCAUGGGGCGAGGAAGCGUGGCGGGAGUGCCUUUGAGAAGUGGCGCCCGGUUUUUGGAACCUUUCGCGCUCCAUCGUUGUCUUGUCCGCGUUCGCGGCCGUCGGUCUUCCCUUGCUCGCCGUCGUCGCGAGUCUCAAAUUCGGUCUCCGCCGCGCCCUCUUCCGCCCUGCCUUCUCGUCCUUCUCCGCCCGGCCGUCUUCUCCGGGCGCCGCCAGGUUCGCGAUGGCCUCCAGCGCUUCUCUCUCUCGUCUUGUUCCUUUUCAGCUCCUCUCAGAGUGCGGCCGCGUCGCUGCAUUUCCAGUGGUGGGCGAGGGACUCCCGCAGCGCCGCCCAGUUUUCCGCCCCGGAGACUCUGUCGUCUGUCCCCUGCCCUUCGCUCGCUGUGCUUCUGACGGUUCACAGGCCGCUAAAGUCGCCGCUGGCGCCGUCUGCUGCGUCGGUGUCGCUCUCUCCCUCAUGCGCGUCUGGGGACUGCCCUUCAUCUCCCUCCCUGCCCGAGACUACUGCUCCCUCCCUCUCGCCUCUCUUUUGGGGGGCGGCUACGCGUUUGAACUCUCUGUCGUCCAGCCCUGACUCAGGGCUGAGGAAGACUCGUCAAGAGACUUUUCUCGCAGGCGAGACGCGCGAGACACUAAACCCUAAACCCUCGGGGGUCGGUGUCCCCAGCAGGCCGAUAAGGGCGUUUCCGCCGAGUCUCUCUCUCUCGAGCUCCGCCCCAGUUUCCCUCUGCUGGCUUCGUUCUCUUCCGGCGGUCGCGGCAUUCUCGCGCUGGGAAGCACCGCCGCCACGUGUGGCCUCCGCGUGGGUAGACCGCGCCUCGCCUGCAGGCCGCUCUCCAGCGGAGAGAGACGGUGCGAAUCGAAACGCAGGGGGAGAAGAUGCGUCUCCUGUAGCUUCAAAAGAGCGCGGGUGCGAUCCGCGCGCGAGGCGCCCGUGGGACGAGGAGGCCUCCUCUUCAGGGCCUGGAGGCCCGCGAGAAGAUGAGGCAGCGGGGAGAGGGGGGGAGGAGAGGGCACACAGCAGAAAUGACACCCCAGAGGAGGAAGCACCAUGCUGCGUGUCGACACAAGAUCUCGCGCUGGACGCAAGCUGUGCAGAGAUGCGUGGAGGCGAAGUCGAGCCGCCCACGGAAUUAGGGAGGGAGCUCCAGCCUCCUCGCCGGAAACGGGAGCCCCAGGGCCUCUGCGACCGGGGGACGCGCGAGUGCAUCAAGUCAGAGGAUGAAGAAGACACCGGCGCAGGCAAGUUAGGAGACGGAGUUCGCGAGGAGGAUGCGGCGGCGAAGAGGUUUCGAGCGGAGGGCUCUGUACAGCGAGGGAGGAAGCGCGCGGAAGGACAGAGCCGCUGCAGACGCAGCGAAGAUGUCCAGCGCGGUGUUCGCCGCGGAGAGGGACUUAAAUGGUGCGCCUCGCGGCAUCGAGGAGGCGGUUUUGGGCCUGCCGAAGAGAGCGAAACUUGCGCUUCAUCAGAGACGGUGGAGGUCGCUUCUCGGAGCAUCUCCUGUGUCCUGUGCGCUGGAGGCACGCAGAGAUUUCGACAGUCCCUCCCUCCUGCUUCUCUCUCUGCCGCAGCGGCCGGUCACGCGUCGUCGUCUCCUUGCUCCUUCCUGCCACCGCCCUCGCGGUUUUCUCCUCGCCGCGCUCGCCUGUCGUCGCAUGGCUCUGCAGCGUCCUCGUGUGCCUCAUCUGCGCGCGCGCGCCCGUCUCAGGAGCUCCCCUCUCGGCCGGCUUCUCCUUCUGCUGUGCCCCCGUUGGCCUUCGUUGCACCUUGUCUGCGGUCGCUCCAAGUAUUAUCGCCUUUGGUCAGCGCCGCUGCAUGUGGCCUUAUUCGCUCUUUCGGCUACACGCACGAUCUUUGGGCGGCAGGCUGGCGCGCAGUGAACGAGUCGAAACCACCGCGACGCCCUGCGGCGUUCUCCCCCCUCAGUCGAUCUGGAUCUCAUCCUUCUGAGGCGACCUUUGAACGCGUGCCUCAGCCGUUCCCUGCAUCUGUCGCGUCGUCUUCUCCGCUGUUCGCCUCGCCCUCCCUGCCUUGUUUGUCCUUCUCUGUGCUGUCUCCUUCCUCUCGCGCCGCCUCUUCCUCCCUCCGGCCUUCCCCCUCCCCUUCGGUUUCCGCUCGCACGCCGCCUGCUGGCGGUUCGUCGUCGGCGCUGCGCGGCGUGCCGCAUCUCUAUAAGUGGCUCUGUCGCCACUUCCCUUUGCUGCGGAGGACGCUGUCUGAGUUCACCGAGCUCUGUGUCCCUCCGCUUCCUCCGGCCUCGCGGUCGCCCUCCAGCCUCGCGCGUGGCAACGAGGACGACGCAUGCGCCGCGGGCCUGGCUGAACACGCAACUGCGCCAGAGACGCAGAGAGAAAGUGCUGUGGACACGUCUCGACCGCCGCACGCGCUCGGUUCGCCGUCGUCAUCGUCGUCGGCGUCGCCGACGCCCGAGGAGCUCUCCGCGUCGGACGUGGAGGGCGAGCUCCGGCGCGCCGUAAUCCACGCGGUCGCGACUGCGCCCGCUGCCGCCGCUCCAGCGCCGCGCCGGCGAGCGAGCGCGCGCGGGCCCCGAAUAGGGCGGUAUUCUGCUUCCGCGGCGGCGCUUUCUUCUGAGGCACUCAAACGCCGGCGCGAGGCGCAUGUCGAGGCGAUGCAGAGAGUGCUGUCCCUGAAGGAGCGCGAACUGUUGCUCGCCGCGCGGCGGAGACCUGCGUGUGGCGCGGAUCUCUCGGCUGCUGGCUCGGCGCCUUCUCUGGCUCCUUCGCAAGGCCAGGCCCUCCGCGCGCCGGGCGCCUCUCCGUCUGGGCCCCCCCCGCCUCUGCCUGAGCCGGUCUCGCUGGCGGCGCUCCGCGCGCGCCUGCCGAUCGAUGCGCUCUGUCUGGACUUUAACGCGAUCAUCCACCUCUGCACGCACGGGCACCUGCCCUCGACGCUGCCGCCGCCACUGGCCUGCUUCCAGCCGCUGCUCCUGCAGCGCGUUUGCGGCUACCUGCAUCGCCUCGUCGCGCUGGUGCGCCCGCGGAAGCUCCUGGUCAUCACCUUCGACGGCGUGCCUCCGCUCGCGAAGGUCAACCAGCAAAGGAGCCGGCGUUUCCGGCAGAGCCGAGAUGAGCGCCUCGCCGUCCGCCUCGAGGACGAAGACGAAGACGAUGCGCCGGCGCGGGAGGGCGCCCGCGGAGGCCGCAGACGGAGGCGCGCGGCCGGGGACCAGAGCCCCGCCCGGGAAGAGGAGGAGGAGGUGACGCCGCGGGGAGCGGAAGGCGCAGGCGCGCCGACGGGCGAGGGGGUGCCUUCGCCACCGGCGGACGACGACGCAGCUGCGCUCUCGGCGCUGGCUCCUGCGUACUUUGACACGAACUGCAUCAACCCGGGCACGACGUUCAUGGCGAUGUGCGAGAUGACGCUGAAGAAGUUCAUCGCGCACAAGCUGCGCUCGUCGCCGCUCUGGCGACAGCUGCAGUGUGUCUGCCUCAGCACGCACGUCGUCCCCGGCGAAGGCGAACACAAACUGCUCCACCUGCUUCGCUUCGGCGCUUGGCAAGCUGCCGCGACGCUGCCGCACACGCUCCGGGGGGCAGGGCCCUCCUCCGCGGCGCGCGGCUCGGCUGCGGACGCGAGUCGGCAGCUCGGCGGCGCUGGACUCGCGGGGCGAGGCGAAGCCGCACAGACGCAGAAGAUCGGCGGCGACUCUCCGCUUCGCAUCCUCUUGCCUGAGCGCGGAGAGGGGGGGUCAAGCGAGGACGCGCGCGGCCUUCCGAAGGACCCUAAACCCGCGUCGGCUUCUCCGGCGGCCGCGCCGCACGCGCCUGCGCCGCUGGGACAGCCCCGCGUCCUCUCCGAGGACGCUCCCGCGGGCCUCGUGCCCCCGCUUCCGCCUCCCAAGCGACGAGGCGCGCGAGACGCUGACAGAGAGACGCCGCGGCCGCAGUUCGAGCAGAGGCAGCGCGAGAGCCGGCCGGUGUCGCUCGCCGCAUUCUUCAGCUCCAAAUACUCUCGCGCGUCGCAGCAAGAGCCCCGAGCCGCCUCGGGGCCAGCGCGGCAGGGCGGGCUGGGGGCGCAACAGGGGAGUGACCCCCCGGGAAGGGACUCCCAGGGAGGCAGCGCGAGCUCUUCGGCUCCCUUUUCUCCGGCGGCGCGCGAGAUGGACUGGAGCGUCGCGUUACCGGGUCGCGUGUGUCUUUACGGCAUGGACGCGGAUCUUUUGAUGCUGGCGCUGUCGCUUCACCUGCCUCGCGUGCUCAUUCUGCGGGAGAGGCAGGCGUCGCUGGAGCGCACGCGGGCGCAGACGCACGCGGAGGCCGUCGCGAAGGCGCGCAUCAACCCCUCCCGGAUUUCAGGGCUCUUUGCCUCAGACUCGUCGCUGCCGGCUGCGGGUGAGGGCGGCAGCCCACUCGCCCAGCGGCGCCGGCAGAACAAGGCGGAUACCGCGCGCGCCGCGCGAGGAGCGAGCAGGCAGGCGACGCUGGAGAGAGGCCGCGAGGCGGGAACGCGCGGCGGCGACUCCGCCGCGUCGUCCAAGGCAGACGCCUCUUCGGCUGAUGGCGGCGUGGUGCCGAAAGAACUUCUCAUCCCGCGGCGCCACGACUUCCUACAGUACACGGCGCGCGAUUUCGAAGUCGUGGACGUCGAUGUCUUGCGCAGCGAGCUCCUCGUGGAGCUGCGCCGCGGCGCGGCAACCGAAGACGCGCCGAAGCCGCGGCAGGCUCCCGCGGGCGCCCAGGCCGCCUCUGCGCCAAAGACCCUCUCCUUCUUCUCAGAGGCCCCCCGUCCUGCAGAGAGACCGGAGGCCGCGCGGCUCGGCGAAGGCGGCAGACUGCGGAGUUCGCAGAAUGUGCUGCCAACGAACGGGCCUUUCGCCCGGCUGGGCGAAGACGUCCGCACCCCGCGGCGGCCGCGGGCGUCAGGUGAGGGGGAGAGCGACGGACGCGAGCCGCCGCCCAGUCUGCGGAGUCUCGACUCCGAGCGCCUGAUUGACGACUUUGUCUUUCUCUCCUUUUUUGUGGGAAACGACUUCCUCCCGGGGCUGCCGCCGCUCGACGUCUUCCAGGGCGGGCUCGCCACGCUGGUGCGCGCGUACACCGCCGCGCUGCCGGCCCUUGGAGGCUACCUCACGAAGAAGACGAAAAUCAACCUCGAGCGGCUGCGGCGCCUCUUCCAGAUCCUCGCCCUUUUCGAGGAGGCGCACUUCCAGGGGCACAUCGACGCCGACCUGCUGCGGCGCGUGAGGCAGGCUCACGCGGGGGGUCGCGGAGGCCAGGCGGGGAGCGUCGCUGGAGCGAGUCUCUCCGCCGAGGCCAGUUUGGGAGUUUUCGAGUCGAGUCUGCGAGCGGACGACACGGUGCGCAGCGAGCUGCUUGCCGAAGCGAAGCGAAGACUGCUGCCGCUGCGGAGAACGGCCUCGGGCGCGAAGGAGCCGACAAGACCAGAAGAAAGCGACUUGGACUGCGACGACCCCUACGCGGUGCUCUACUACACCUCCAAGUUUCCUCUCGCGACGCUCCUGGGGCAUGAACGCCCCCCCGUUUCGCCCUCGUCUCCCCAGUCUUCUGCCCAGUCCUCUCUUUCGCGGUCGUUGUUUGGGCCGUGGCUCUCUCGCGCGCCGCGCGCGAUGCCGUUUGCGGAGUUCAGGGCCCGGCUGUCGCUCGCGUACACCACUGGGUUGUUUUUUCUGCUGCGGUACUAUCACACGUCGAAUCCCGUCUGGUCGUGGUUUUUCCCCUACGAGUACGCGCCGCUGUGCUCUGACCUCGCUCGCCUCGACCCAGCGGCACUGUCGCGCGCAAUCUCGCUCCCCAGCCUCCGCGAAGACUUCAAGUUCUCCCCCUACACGCAGCUCCUCGCCGUCCUCCCCGCGACCAGCGCCGCUCUCCUGCCGCAAGUGCACAGACACCUCCCGGGAGGCCGCGGCCUCGCCGACAUGUUCCCCAGCGCGUUUCCUGUAGAUCCGCAUCCGUUCCAUGCGAUUCCGUUCGAUUUCAACGACGCCGCCGCCCAGGAGAAGACCGCGGGCGACAGGGGGGGCGGCGUCUCUGCGCGCCCCUCCCAAGGCGACUCCAGCUUCUCACCUGCGUCUGCGCCUCUCUCUGCUGAAGAGCGGCCCCCGCCACACUCUCCGAAGGGUCCUCCAGAGUCUUCUUCCCCGGCCUCUGCGACGCCCCCUUCCGCUGUUUCAGCCGCUGGCGCUUUGCUCUCAACCUGCGCAGAUGCGCGUGAGCGAGCCGCCGUCGAGGUGGCGCUUGCGGCGCAGAAGGAUCCGCGGUUUCUCGCCUCCGCCCUCUCCGCCGCGAAUGCGGCCUCGCUGCCCUCAUGGCUCCAUCGACCGGUGCUGCCUCCACUCGACGUGCCCAGGCUCUUGCGCGCGGCGCGUCGAGCAGACGACGAGGCCGCGCUCGCAGAAAGCGAGGGAGCGGAAAAGGAGGCGCCUCAUUUCAGAGGCGGAGAACUCGCCGAAGAAGGCCUGGAGAGCGGCGAUGGCUGCAACGCGAAAGAGUGCAUGGCGGAGACGCCUCUUCCCCCUCUUGGAGGCACGAGGCCGCGCACCGACGUGGCGACCGCAGGCAAGCAGAGAGAGGGCAAGACGCGCAGCGGGCAACGCAGAGGAGCGGAUGACAAAUGCAGUGGAGGGCAAGAAGGCACGACAGAGGAGAGGAAGGUGGAGGAUUCUUUUCGGGAGGGCAUGGCGCGGUCAGGUGCGCAGCCGCAGCGUCUGGGUCUGUGGACGCUGCAGGACGUCUUGCGGAACCGCGUGGGGAGGCCCGCCACGUUUUGGCCGCCGGCUGCGGAAGCUGCGAAGGAGAAAAACUUUGAAGCGGAACGCCGGAGAGGGACAACAGUCCGAUUCGCCUCCAGGGGGGAGAGAAGGGCGCCGAGCCGCGCUGCCAAAGGCCGCCUGCGCGCGCAGAAAGCAGACGCGAGGCGAGGCGCUAGAGGCGCAGCCACGGGGCCCGCCGGCUCCUCCACGGGCAGACAGAAACGCGCCGAAGAAGGCGGGACUUCCCCGGAGAGGAGGACGGAUCUCACGAGGGGCGACGCUAUGGAGAGAGAGGAAGCGACGAGCGAACCCCGAGGAGCGGCGAGGCCGAAGGACGGCAGGUGGAGGCGCCGGAAGGGGUCGUCGGGGGCACGCGGAAAAAAUGGCCCAGCCGCCACGAAGAGCAGCAGCCAGCAAGAGGCGCGAGAGGCCGCUGCGCCUCUCGCCAUAGGAGCUGAAAAACUCAAAAAACAGGCGGGCGCGCAGCAGAAGGGAAGCGAUGACUUCCAGGGAAAGACCAAGGAAAAGGCGAGGCGGAGAACGCAACACAGAAAAGACAAAACGGCGAAAGACAGCUCCGGCGGCGACACUCCGAGCUGA